AUGCUAACUGUAAAGUUUAUAGUCGAUUAUUUGUUUUCUGCCAGAACUAAAACACAAAGUGCUUCCAGUGAGACACGCCGUGACUAUGCUUUGACUGAAAAUAAUGACAGAUAUGUCUACAAUAGACAGGCUUUGACUGAAAAUAAUGACAGCUAUGUCUACAAUAGACAGACUUUGACUAAAUAUAAUGACAAAUAUUUCUACAAUAGACAGACUUUGACUGAAAAUAAUGAUAGAUAUGUCUACAAUAGACAGACUUUGACUGAAAAUAAUGACAGAUAUGUCUACAAUAGACAGACUUUGACUGAAAUUAAUGACAGAUAUGUCUACAAUAGACAGACUUUGACUGAAAAUAAUGACAGAUAUGUCUACAAUAGACAGACUUUGACUGAAAAUAAUGACAGAUAUGUCUACAAUAGACAGACUUUGACUGAAAAUAAUGACAGAUAUGUCUACAAUAGACAGACUUUGACUGAAAAUUCUUCUUCUUCUUCUUCUUCUUGUUCACCGGCUGUGAAUUCCGGCGGUAAGUCACGGUUGUUCGUCCAAAAUGGACUUUUGGCUUUUACCUUGACCUGA